UCAGCUGCAGGCAGAGGGGCUGAGCUGUCAGGAUCCCAAAGCCCUCAAAGCCUGCAUCCAGAUGGAGCUGGACACUAGAAGAGCUCAAAGAGGGCUGAACCUUGGGGGGCAGAAAUUUGGUUGCUGCGAUGGCCUCUCUGGCAGAGCUUCCCUUACCGACCAUCAGCAACUUGUCUGGCCUGGGGCCGGGGCCCCUGCAGGACACACAGACCAGGAGCCACAAGUGGUGGCAAAUAGAUGAGGCUCAGGACCUGGAGCUCCAAGGUGCCAGUCACUGGUCUUACCAAAUGAAGCAGGAACAUCGGGACCCAGGACCCUGGCCCGAGCAAGUUGAAGGGGACAGAGGGGCAGAGGGGGAUGACCCUUGCUGGGACCUGGAUUUCUUCCUCACCUAACUUCCCUGGGCCAGGGCAGGGCCAGGGCCAGAGCUCUGCCUAGCUCAUCCCUGUGGCCUGUUCCCUGAGGGCCCUGGCUUUGUCACUGAGCUCCAGGAUCCUAAAGAACAACCCAACUGGGGCUGCUCAGCCCCUCGGCCCCUAGCCACUGAGGCAGUGCCCUUUGGAGCAAAUCCCUUGCCCCUGGGCCCUAGCUCCAGUCUCAAAGCCCAGACAGGGCUACCCCCAUUCUCAGCCUCCAGUCUUAGAGAUGGCGGGGGAGGAUUCCCUCAGCCAGGGGCUGGAUAUACUGGGCCUACUGCUCCAGUGAUGACACCUUAUGGCUUGCUGGGUUCAUACCCUGCCUUCUACCCAGCCCCUCACUACCAAGCCCGGUUCCAGCUAUAUCGAAGAGAGCCUGGACCAAGUUCUAGCCCUGGGCCAGGGCCCCUGGCCUUCCUGGGUCCCCCAGCACCCCCUGAGUCAGAGGAUGAGGCCACUAGGCCUAAGCGGAGUCGCCGACCUUGGGCACGGAAGCGCCAGGCAGCCCACACCUGUGGACAUCCAGGCUGUGGAAAGACUUACACCAAGAGUUCCCACCUCAAGGCCCAUCUAAGAACCCACACAGGGGAGAAGCCUUAUGCUUGCUCCUGGGAGGACUGUGGCUGGAAGUUGCCCGCUCUGAUGAGCUGACCCGGCAUUACCGGAAGCACACUGGACAACGCCCUUUCCAGUGCCAGCUGUGUUCUCGCGCCUUCUCCCGCUCAGACCAUCUCGCCUUGCACAUGAAGCGCCACCUGUGAGGCCCAACAGGCUGAGCCUGACCUCCAAGAACGGGAUGGAGCCCCAGGCAGAGCCUGGAAUAGGCCACAGAAGGAGGGAAUCACAGGUUAAGACCUUGGACAGAGCCACACUCCCGAUCAUGGAAGGAGCCAAAGCCAGAGACAGGCAGAAGAAUCCUGGCCAAGACCCAGGGCACCCAGGAACAGAAGCACCAGUGAUACAUGGACUGAGACAUUGAACCCAGCCCAGGGGUUGCCAUGUCCUGCCAGAGACCACCAGCCAAUGCCUGAGCAGGGUCACCCUCAGCUCCCAGCAUUGGACCCAUGGGGAGUGUUGUUGGUCGCUGGGGCCUCCAUGCCUCUGCCCUCUCUCCUCCAGAUCCCAUUGUGCUCAGCAGAAGGGAUCCCCUCUGAUCACAGGCUUCCACCAACCCUGUAGCUGCCCUCCCCCAUGAUCACCAGCCCGUUGCUGUGAAUGGUUAAGGUUCCCCAGCCCACCCUCACCACUGGCCCUAGCCUGCUCCUUGACAUGUGUGUACGAACAGUCCUGGGCGGGGCUUCCCACAGCCUGCUUUGUAAAGCUGCCUUUUUCUCC